CGUUCCCCGCCGACUGAUAGGCACUCCCGGAGGCGACAGCCGGCGUCGGGGGGCGCCCGGCGUCUCUCCUGGGUUCCUCUUCCUCGUUGGCUCUUUGGCUCCCCGAAAGGUCGGAGGCCAGCGCCUCUGGCCCGCGGGCCGGCUCGGGUGCGCUCGGGCCUGCCCUUCUGGGCGCUCCAGGCGAACGCACCGCCUCGGAGGUUCCCCGUUUCCGUGGUGGUUGGGAGCUUUGGCAGCACCGGCCGCACUGUUUGUUAACGCCCGUCCCGGGGAAAGGGUCUCCCCGCGCGUGGGUUCCGUGUCCGCGCGAAGACCGGGGCGCAUCGCAGAGACGUGCGGCCGGUCACGCCCGACGCCACUGGUCUAGCCUCAAGAGAGGCGGCGGUGGUGUUCUCGGACGAGCUCGCCUUAGUUCUGUUUGUUCCUCUGUCUCGUAGAACUUUCUGUCGGCGACGAACACGUUCUAGACCUUUGCUGGUUCAGUAUGGUAGCCAUUAAGCCACACACGGCUGUUUGGUGUUGACAUGUAGUUAGUAUAUCUGAGAAACUACAUUUGACUUUUUUAAGUAAACUAACUUUAAAUAACUCCAUGUAAUCGGCGGCUACGUGCCAUUAUUAGGACAGAUGCGGUGUCGAGUUGUUUUUAGACACUGUCUCUACAUAGUCAUGGCUGUCAAGGAACUCACUGUGUAGGCUGAACUCGAACUCACCUGCUUCUGCUUCUCAAGUGCUGGAAUUGAAGGCUUGCACUACCGCGCCCGGGACGCUGCUGAGUUUUUAAACAAGUUGCUGAUUCAUAUUUUUCAGCCAAGAAGUUUUCUUCGAAAUGCAGUUAAUAAAUGACUACUGAGGGCCAAGUGUUACAACUGGAGUUAAACAUCUGUGAGAUUAGCCAAAUUUUUGUGUUCCUGACAACUUCAAACUAAAAGAUCUGUAUCCUUUUGUAUGUGGCCAUGUCUUGGAAACCAGCUCAAAAUGAGUGGCAGUUUUUUUUGAAGAUGACUCUGACGCUUGGAAAAAGUGCUAAUUUUGUACCAUUCCUCUCUGAGACACAGUCGUGUUUUACAUCUUGAAUACUUGAAUAAGAAGAUAACACAUUGGCCCUUUGAACAAAGCCAGGACUCAGUUUUCUUGUGUGCUUGUAUUUUGAGACAGUGUCUCCCAGUUUUGAUCCUCCUGCUGACACUCCUAAGUUGGGGAUCCCAGAAUAUGCCACCAAGCUCAGCAAGGCCAGCGUUCCUUCUGGAAUCUCUUAACAGAGCCUAAUGGUUCCACUCACCUUUAGUCUCCGCAUUCAGGAGGCUGUGAUCUAUGGAAAUCCUAUGACAAAGACAGUUUGGGUGAUAUCUACAGGAAAGAUCUUUAAACAUUACAGAAGACAGUAACCGCUAAUGCAUUUGGGAAAACGAUAAAAGUUGGGGGUAGGGGAAAAAGCAACUGCUUUCCUGAUCUGCAACUUUGCUGGAUGUUAAGAUGUCCGUGGACAUGAACAGCCAAGGAUCUGACAGCAAUGAAGAGGACUAUGACCCAAACUGUGAGGAAGAGGAAGAAGAGGAAGAGGACCCUGGGGACAUAGAGGACUACUAUGUGGGAGUAGCCAGUGAUGUGGAGCAGCAGGGGGCUGAUGCUUUUGAUCCCGAAGAGUAUCAGUUCACUUGCUUGACCUAUAAGGAGUCUGAGGGCGCCCUCCAUGAACACAUGACCAGCUUAGCCUCUGUCUUAAAGGUAUCUCAUUCAGUUGCAAAACUUAUAUUAGUUAAUUUCCACUGGCAAGUCUCAGAAAUUCUGGACAGGUUCAGGUCUAAUUCUGCUCAGCUGCUUGUUGAGGCUCAAGUUCAACCUAAUCCAUCCAAACAUGUCCCCACAGCCCAUCCCCCUCACCACUGUGCAGUGUGUAUGCAAUUUGUGCGGAAGGAAAACCUGCUCUCUCUGGCCUGCCAACAUCAGUUUUGCCGAAGCUGUUGGGAGCAGCAUUGCUCAGUGCUUGUCAAAGAUGGUGUUGGUGUAGGAAUCUCAUGUAUGGCUCAGGAUUGUCCACUUCGAACACCAGAGGACUUUGUAUUUCCCUUGCUUCCCAAUGAAGAAUUGAGAGAUAAAUACAGGCGCUACCUCUUUAGGGACUAUGUGGAGAGCCAUUACCAGCUCCAGCUGUGCCCUGGUGCAGACUGCCCCAUGGUUAUUCGGGUACAGGAGCCUAGAGCCCGCCGAGUGCAGUGCAAUCGGUGCAACGAGGUCUUCUGUUUCAAGUGUCGACAGAUGUAUCACGCCCCCACAGACUGCGCCACAAUCCGGAAAUGGCUCACCAAAUGUGCAGACGACUCCGAAACGGCUAACUACAUUAGUGCUCACACUAAAGACUGUCCCAAGUGCAACAUCUGCAUCGAGAAGAACGGAGGCUGCAAUCACAUGCAAUGCUCCAAGUGUAAGCAUGAUUUCUGCUGGAUGUGUCUAGGAGACUGGAAGACGCAUGGUAGUGAGUACUAUGAAUGUAGUCGGUACAAGGAGAAUCCUGACAUUGUCAACCAGAGCCAGCAAGCACAGGCCCGGGAGGCCCUCAAGAAGUACUUGUUCUACUUUGAGAGGUGGGAAAAUCACAACAAAAGCUUGCAGCUGGAGGCACAAACAUACCAGCGGAUUCACGAGAAGAUUCAGGAGAGAGUUAUGAACAAUCUGGGAACUUGGAUUGACUGGCAGUACCUACAGAAUGCUGCCAAGCUCUUAGCCAAGUGUCGAUACACCCUGCAGUACACCUAUCCAUAUGCAUACUACAUGGAAUCUGGUCCCAGGAAGAAGCUGUUUGAAUACCAGCAGGCUCAGCUGGAGGCUGAGAUCGAAAACCUUUCAUGGAAAGUCGAACGUGCAGACAGCUAUGACCGAGGGGACUUGGAAAACCAGAUGCACAUAGCAGAGCAGCGGAGAAGAACCCUGCUAAAGGAUUUCCACGACACCUAAGCUGGGCUAUGGAUGUGCCGGGGUGAGGAAGACGUAGCUGAGGCCACCCGGCCCGUACUGCAUGCUGCAGGCUCUGCCUCUCACGACCCAGGCGACAGCCAGGGCCCCACUCCUGAAAGACACUGGCAACACACCUCUUAGUCGAUUUGUUUUCUCCUCAUCUUUUUGAUUUUUGUUUCUACCAGGGUAGAGGCUGUGUUGAGCUGGCCUCUAGUGAGGACUAUAAAUUUCCCCUGGAUGGUUGUUGGGUGGGAGGGAACUUUUUUUUCUGAAUGGCUAUUAAUAGUAUUAGAUCAUUACAACUUAUGUAAUUUUCAAAGGUUGUACGAUUAUAAAGAAAAGAGGCAAACCAUAGAUAACACAGAGCCCGAUUAAAAUAAAUUGGCAUUGGAGUGCUUCACCCUUUAGCUAUUUGACUUAGAAUGUAACUUGAUACUGCCCAGCCACUGAGCCUCAGUGUGUCUGCACUGCCGGGGGGGGCCCUGGGAUGGCCUCUGCUUUCCAGCAUCGUGUCUAACUGGAGCCGGAGGCCUGGGGAGGAGCACGGGUGUCAGAGAAUAGGAAACUGAGUUGGCCUGCAUAGUAGGAUGGAGCACAGAGUUACUUACCUCUGGCCUUAGCUGGACAGCCAGGGCACAGAGCAGAGCAAGGUCUCACUGCAGGCUUGCUUUUAGUCUUGAAUGUGAGGUUUCGCUAAGUCAGGCCACCCAGACCAGCACCCACAGCAGAGGUGGGCUAACGCACCUCUGGACUGGGAGACUGGUUCAGCAUGGUGCUUCCUUUUCAUAAAGAAAAGAAAUCCACCUUUGAAAGGAGUUGUUCCCCCAGAUGAGUUUCUUUUUCCUUGGUUGUUCCUUUUGAUCCAGUAUUCAAGUGGGGUACUCUGACCCAGGUCACUGUCUUGUGUUCUUAUGAACAGAGUUCACAAGGUCAGAGUUCAGCAUAGCUCUUAGACCAAGGGCAUGGGCCUUGUGGCUCAAGAGCUAGGUUUGCACAAGUUAUUUUCUGUUCACCUAGAGUGUGGCCAGAAGCUGCUCCAGGGUGGGGUGUGUUUCUCUUGCCUAGAUGCAGCUGCCAGAAGUCCCCAUCUCUAUGGUCUGGGAGUCUAAGGCCAGGAGAAUCCCUGGUUUGUGGUCUCAGUUCCUGUACUAGAAGGGGCUGGCCAGAAGAAAGGACCAGUUCUUGCACAGUCAAGUGCAAGGGAACAGGCAGCUUGCCUGGUGUCCUUCCUAUCUUGAACCUGGUCCUGUGGGCCUUUGAAAAGUUAGAUCUGUGAUCUCCGGGGUUUCCAUGGCUUUGUUCAGUGCCUCCCCUCUGAGACUGGCAGAGCUGUCUAUACUUGACAGGACCUCCUUGAACUCCUAGGAGAGCCUAUAGAGAAAUCUGUGAAUAUUAUGAUGCAGAUUCUUUGAUAUUCGUACAUUUUCACCUCCGGUCAGCAAUUUCCUAGGUACCAUGUAAAGCUGUAAAAUUGAGUUAUUCUUGAAGACAGGUGACAGCUGUGACUCCUGGGGUACAUGAAGCUACACAUCCUCUUUCACCUCCUCAGGUUUUUGUCUCUUCAUGUCAUCCCUGACAAGUGAGAUUGUGAGGUGGAUUGGGAGUGAUAGUUUAGAGUAUUGUGAAUGAACCCUGAUACCAGUGGGAGCUGAUGGUGACCCAGGAGUGUCCCUGCUGCAGGCCCAGGGUGGCUGUGAUGCUGUGUUAGCACCAGACCUUUCCAUCAAGUCCUGCCAGUGGCACUGCCGUGACACAGGACCAGAGUUGCAGCUCUACAAGCCUAACUCCCCCUUGGUACUUUGUGAACUACACAGCUGCCACCCUCCACUCCUCAGCUGUGACCCUGACCAUUGGCACUGCGGGAGGCUCUGCCAACCUGUAGCUGGUGGCGUCUCACCUGUGGAGACCUUUGCUUUGCACCCUCAGUGGUUGUCCUUGUUAACAUAAUCAGAGCAUCUGAAAGGUCAGGCAGAGGCAGGGUUUGGCUUGGUUUGGUUUGGUUUAGCUUGGUGGGUUUGCCCUGCAAAGGGGAGAGAAAGGUGUUUUCAUGAACUGACCAGAUCCUUGUCUUUCUUCAAAGAAAAGUUGAGGUAAUGUCAUCUCGCAAAGUUGAGUGAUUUAUUCAAAAUAAACUCAUUUUCUGAUUAUAAAA